AAAGCACAUUUACAGAAGAAACAGAGAUAUACUUCUACACUGUAAUUAAGUUACUUUGAUCACCUUAUAUCUGCCUGUUGAGUGUUGACUGCUUCCAAAUGAACAAUGUUUUUCUGGAUAUUCAUCAGUCACUUUUCCAGGUCGUAUUCCAGCUGUAGAGUGCUGACAAUAAAGGUCACAGCCAUGCGUCCAGCUGUCAUCCUGCUGUUGGUGUGCGUCCUGUUCAUGGCAACAGUAAAAGGUCGUCGUCGUCUUUGUCAUCAUCCUGAUCCUGGUUCUGGUUUUUGUGGUCUCCUGUCGAACAAGCGCCACUCUUCUUGGAACAGGGUAUCAUGUGGUCAUGGAUGGUUCCGCCUGAGUCGGACUUACUGUUUUAAAAUCAUUCGGACUCCCAAAACCUUUGAUGACGCACAGAAACUCUGCCGCUCCUUAAAUGCCAAUCUGCUGUCAUUACACAGUCGUGCUCAGAUGACACACAUGAAAUCAUUGGCCAAUCGUGCUGGAAUUCAUGGUGAAAAUGUAUGGACUGGCGCCAGAAGGACAGGGGGGAGACUUCACUACACUGAUGGAUCUAAGUUAAACUUUGCUGAAUGGUCUCGAGGUCGGCCGAACUACAGAGGAGGGAAGAACUGCGUCUUGUUGAACUUUGGAGGGCAGUUUCAACCAUUUGCUACUGCAAAAUGCUCAACAAAGAUGAUGUUUGCGUGCGGCAAGAAGUGGUGAUCAUCACCAGCUGAUGUUUGCUCUCAUAUUAAAAGUCAGCGUCGACAUGACAGCUGAUCACAUAUGCAGCUUUUCUAUCAUUCUCUUGCUCUGAUAACCACUGCAAACACAAGCUUUCAAAUUUACCGCAAUAAACUUGUCAGCAUUCAUGUU